CGGCCGGGCAUCUUCGGCGGCAGUGACGGGAGCACUCCGCUGGUCCAGGUGGGCAACAUGUUAGUGCUUCUAGCCAUGUCCCUGCCUCUAACCCCGAGGCCAUGGAGGGGAUGAGGUAGCCCCUUGUCCCUGGAUCGCAUGGGGAAGCCCAGUUCAAUGGAUACAAAAUAUAAGGAUGACUUAUUUCGGAAGUACGUGCAGUUCCAUGAGGGCAAAGUGGACACCCCCCCCAGCAAGCAGCGGCCCGGCAGUGAUGAAUACCUGCGGGUGGCAGCCUCGACCCUGCUCAGCCUGCACAAGGUGGAUCCCUUUUAUCGAUUUCGGCUGAUACAGUUCUAUGAGGUGGUGGAGAGCUCCUUGCGUGCCCUGAGCUCCUCUAGCCUGCGGGCUUUGCAUUGCGCCUUCAGUGUGCUGGAAACGGUGGGUGUCAACCUCUUCCUCUACCCAUGGAAGAAGGAAUUCCGAAGCAUCAAGACCUACACGGGCCCCUUCGUUUAUUACGUCAAGUCCACGUUACUGGAGGAGGACAUCCGAGCCAUCCUGAAUUACAUGGGCUACGUGCCUGAGCUGGGGACUGCAUACAAGCUCACGGAGCUGGUGGAGACCCUGCAGGUGAAGAUGGUCUCCUUUGAACUCUUUCUGGCCAAGGUGGAGUGCGAGCAGAUGCUGGAAAUCCACUCACAAGUCAAGGACAAGGGCUACUCGGAGCUGGACGUGGUGAGCGAGCGCAAGAGCAGUGCGGAGGACGUGCGGGGCUGCUCGGACGCCCUGCGGCGACGGGCCGAGGCCCGAGAGCACCUACCAGCCUCGAUGGCCCGAGUGGCCCUCCAGAAGUCGGCCAGCGAGCGGGCGGCCAAGGACUACUACAAGCCCCGUGUGACCAAACUCUCAAGGUCGGUGGACGCCUACGACAGUUACUGGGAGAGCCAGAGCCGGAAGCCGCCCCUGAAGACCUCCUUGAGCCUGCGGAAGGAGCCCGCGGUGGCAGAUGUGGGAGAUGACCUCAAGGACGAGAUCAUCCGCCCGUCCCCCUCGCUCCUGGCCAUGGCCAGCUCCCCCCAUGGCAGCCCUGAUGACCAUCCAUCCUCCUCCCCCAGCAAUGGCCUUGGCCUGCUGCGUGGCACGUACUUCUCUGCUCAGGAUGACGUGGAUCUGUACACGGACUCAGAACCUAGGGCCACCUACCGGAGGCAGGACGCCCUGCGACCCGAUGUGUGGCUGGUCAGAAACGAUGCCCACUCCAUCUACCACAAGCGCUCGCCCCCCGCCAAAGAGUCCGCCCUAUCCAAGUGCCAAAACUGCGGCCUGUCCUGCAGCUCCUCCCUCUGCCAGCGCUGUGACAGUCUGCUCCCCUGUCCCCCAGCCUCCAAGCCCAGCGCCUUCCCCGGCAAGUCCUCCACCCACGACAGCCUGGCCCAUGGGUCAUCUCUGAGGGAAAAGUAUGCAGGCCAGACUCAGCUGGCGCACCUCCACUCCAAGUCCAAGUCCUCCACUACUGCCACCUCCCGCUGCGGCUUCUGUAACCGCCCGGGUGCCACCAACACCUGCACCCAAUGUUCAAAAGUUUCCUGCGAUGCCUGCCUCAGCGCCUACCAUUACGACCCCUGCUGCAAAAAGAGUGAGCUGCACAAGUUCAUGCCCAACAACCAGCUGAACUACAAGUCCACCCAGUUCUCCCAUCUCGUGUAUAGAUAAACUGGACCUUGCACCUCCCUGCUCCAAGGGCUACACCGCUGACCUUUCUGGUGUCCUGGGGAAGAAGUGUCAAAGCAUUGACCUGGGAAGCAGAGACCUGCACUUGGCCAUGUAGGUGCCGGGGAUGUGGGUUGGCUGCACCAUGUGGGCAUUCACUUAGUGACUGACAUAUUUCAGUUGAUGGCUGCUUUUCACCUAACAAGGGAGAGGGUGGCAUUUCCGUUCAGAUUCAUUUUUGCUAAUCUCUCCACUCCCUAUUUUUUUUUUUUUUAAGAGGAUUUCUAUCUCUGGGACUCUUGCCACAUCUGCCCUUCCCCCCACAAAGCCAACUUGGACUGGGAAGGGACCUCCAGGUCACCUCCAAAUGCCCACCUGGAAUGGCGAGCUAGAGGCCUGUUGGCUUGUGAAAUGAGCCCUCCUGCCACACUGGGCCUCUUCCAGUGGCUCAUCCCUUUGCUGCCCCCUCCCCCCAAUACGGUAUUAGCUGAAUGUCAUCCUGUUGCCACCACAGCUCAGUUCAGCCAAUGGUGUUUGUGAACUUUGCUCCAACACAUUGAAGUGUGGACCUUCCACAGCAGGACUGAUUCCCCCUUUCUGUUGUUUGCACAUGCCCUUCUUACUGUACUGUAAAUAGAUAAUUUUUGAAGUUUAUUUUUAAAUAAAUAUUCAACUUGCUGUGUGUUUUAAAGUGGUUAAAACAUUAAUUGUGUAGCUAUUUAUAAAAAUGCCCUGGGUUCUUUAGUCUUCCAAGGGAGGGCCUCAGGCCUUCCAUGUCGUGUCCUCCACUCACUCUGGCCCGAAGGUAGAGCGGAGAGUGUGGGGGCAGAGGAGGAAUGGAGGCUGCUCCUGAGUUGGUGGAAAGCCACUGUCUUCCCUACAAUAAAUAUACACCUACCUCCAGUGUGCACCUCGGGGGUUGGUGCGGGCCGGGAGGUCUGUGCACCUGCAGACUGACAACCUCAUGACAAGUCAGGAACCUUGCCUGCGGAUCUACAGCCUGGUCUUUGCCACUUGCCAAGUGUGAACCUCACACUCCACAUGUCCCGAGUCUCGCUUCAGAAGGAAACUCAUAUGGGAUUCCCAUCACCCCUCCAUCUCAGUCCUCUUCUCUUCACCUCUUCCCAGGACUCUGCACCAUUUGCGAUCUUUUUGCACUAAAAGUGGGGAGGAGUUGGCAUGUGCCCGCAUCAGACAGUGUCUCCUGAGAGUCUCAGCUGAGCCCAAGCGCUUCCAAACCCGAAGGCCCCUUAGA